AUGAUCGGCCUGGUAGAAAUUCACGACCUCUCAGGCCUUCUGGUCGGACUUCUUCUCUCAGCACUUGUGUACGCGGUCGUUAAGGUUCUCUUAAGUCUUCAGGAGCACAUACGUCUUGGAAGCAAGUUCCCCUGCCCUCCCUACCACUGGCUCUACGGCAACCAUCACUUGACUGACGGCACGUUUGGUGAGAAGUACCUGUCCAUGACACGGGACGUUGUGGAGAAGCACGCGCGGGCGCACACUUACUGGGCAGGAUUGUUCAAUGUUGUUGUGGUAACUCAUCCAGAAACCAUCAGGCAGCUUCUGAGGUCCCAGAGUGAAAAGGGAAGUGUGUACGGCUCUCUACGACCGUGGCUAGGUAACGGCUUGUUCCUGAGUGACGGAGACCAGUGGAGGGUUCACCGCCGACUCCUCACGCCUGCCUUUCACUUCGAUAUCCUCAAACAGUACGUCAGUGUCUACAACAAGGAAGCCACGGAAAUGAUAAGCAAGCUAUCAGAGACUGCUAAAAUCCGUCAUGCUUUUGAGAUGUUCCAAGAGGCCAGCAUGUGUACCCUGGAAAUCAUCCUACAGUGUGCUUUUUCAGGGGGACAGAUGUCAGAUGAGACCAAGAAUGAGUACGUCGCAGCGAUUCGGAAGCUUAAACUCCUGUUUGUCGAGAUGCAGUUCAACCCGAUAUAUUGGCUAUCGGUUUCCGCGUACAACCGGCUUCCCAGUGGGCGAGAAUACAUUCGCUUGUGUAAAUCCAUCCAGGACAAAGCAGGAUCCAUCAUUACGAAGAGGAGACAGCAACAAAACCGGAACGGACGUCCAGGCCAGAACACCAGGCUGGACUUCAUCGACAUCCUGCUGUCCGCACGGCACGAGGACGGGACGGGGCUGACGGAUCUGGAGAUCAGGGAAGAGGUGGACACCUUCUUGUUUGCUGGGCAUGAGACGACAGCAAGUGCCCUUUCCUGGACCCUGUACUCCCUUGCCCAACAUCCCCAUCAUCAGGACAAGGUGCGGGAAGAGGUGAAUCAUCUGCUGUCCGGGAGGGAGGAUGACACGAUUCAAUGGGCAGACCUACACAAACUCCCCUACCUGACCAUGUGUCUGAAAGAAGCCAUGCGGCUACACACUCCUGUUCCUAUGAUCACGCGCGCCACGCUGGAGGACACUGUGAUUGACGGUGUGACUGUGCCAAAGGGGUUUGACAUAGGCAUACACCUGUACGGACUGCACCAUAACCCGGCUGUCUGGGGACCCGAUCAUAUGGAGUUUGAUCCGAGUCGUUUCCGCCCUGAGCGCAUGAAAGACAGAGACUCUCACGCCUUCUUGCCGUUUUCUGCAGGACAGAGGAACUGCAUCGGUCAGAACUUUGCGAUGAAUGAAGCGAAGGUGCUGCUUGCAAGGCUGAUACACAAAUUUGUCUUUGAAGUCGACCCGACACGCCCUGCGCAGAAAGAGAUGUUGAUCGUCAUGUGUGCCAAGGGCGGGAUGUGGAUGGAAGUUACGCCAGCCUGA